AUGCAAGACCAACCACCAAGCUUCGACGCCGUCAACGUUUUGGAACUUCGUACCGCCGAUGUUAGCAAAAUCCUGAAAGUCAGCGUGUACACCAACCUUGCCGAAAUUACGCGGCUCUACAAGUUCAAGGUUAAGACGGGACAAAACCAGGUGAAGAUCAAUGGAUUGCCGGAUCUUAUGGACUCAGACUCCUUGAGGGUUGAAGCACGAGGUCCUGCCAGCAUUCAAGGUGUCUCCACUGGCCCGACUCCAACUCCACCCGUACCGACUACCUCGCAGGAGCUCAAGAAGUUACAGAAAGAGAAGCGGCUCGUCGAAAACGCCAUAGAACGAUGCAAGGCGUCAAUUGCUGCAUUGCGAUCCUACGUCUCAUCGGUUUCUGCCGAUCGUGUUCCCUCAGAGAACCUAGGCCAGUUGCUACAACACUGUGAGACUGAAGGCGAGCGACUUGCUUCAAAGCUACUUGAGCUUGAGGAUAAAUUGACCACGUCGGAUGCGGCUAUCGAAGCGGAGCAGAAGAGACUUUCAGGAGCCGACGAAGUUGAUACCGUUGAGUACAAGCUCGAUGGCUCCGACGGACCUGGGAAGCUGUACCUCGGUUUGACUGCAUCCAUUGGCUUGUUUGCUAACGAGGAAGGUGAUGUAGAAUUAACACUGAUUUAUGCCGUUCACCAGGCUACGUGGAGAGCCGGCUACGAUGUGCGCGUAGACAUGCAGGCUAAAGACACGCCUGUAGUCCUCACAUACAAGGCCAUCAUCCAUCAGACCACUGGCGAGUCCUGGACAGAUGUUCCUUUAACAUUGGAAACCGUAGCACCCACGUAUGGCGCUCAUAUUCCAACAUUAUCCUCGUGGCCCCUCUCCGUCUAUGCUCCCGCCCCUCCUUCGCCCAUUGCUUUGGCCAGCUAUGCUUCCGCAGCCCCGGGGGGCUUCCGUCUGUCCCGCAAGACAACACGCGGAGCGUUCCAAGCGGACAUCGUCUCCCAAGGAGCACUGAGCGCCACUUACCAAGUUCCAGGUCUCAUCACUAUUCCAACAGACGGACAGAACCACAGUGUCACGAUUGUUGAGCUGGAACUUGGUGCGGAGAUGUCUUGGAUAGUCGUUCCGAAACUCGAUAAGAGGGUGCAUCUGAAAGCGAAGAUCAAGAACGCCUCUGAAUACACUCUUCUCCCCGGCGAGGGUAGCAUUUAUGUCGACGGGAGCUUCAUCUCAAAGUCAAACAUCCCCUCCGUUGGGCCCCAAGGCAGCUUUGAUUGUUCACUCGGAGUCGAUCCCUCUAUCGACGUUACAUAUCACCCUCUUUCUAAGAAUAUUUCGAAGUCGGGAUUCUAUACAAAGAACUCAAAGUAUAGCUACAACCAACGCAUCACUGUUUCCAACACCAAGACCAAGCCCGUUGACAAUCUCAAAAUCGUGGACCGCAUUCCUAUCUCCGAGGAUAGCCAAAUCACUGUGAAGCUCAUCAGCCCUUCAUUGUCCCUUCCGUCGAGCGGCACCGAUACAGUGGCGCUGUCAUUCGGCAAUGCAGACAAGGCGAAGGACGCUGCGGAACGCCCGCUGAUGCCCCCAGUGAAAGUGAGUAGCGGGGUUGCUGCUCAGUGGGACGGGGCGGACGAUCCUCAGGGCGACAUCACCGCCCUCGGGAAGGACGGGAAGCUCAACUGGUUGUGCUCGAUUCCGCCGCAAAGCACGACAAACGUGUCUUUGCAAUGGGAAGUGGAAUCUGCCGCGAACAUUACCAUCACUGGGCUCUAA